GCUGCAACUAUGUCUGCCAGGGCCCCUGAUAGAAUGCAGAUUAUGACAGAACUGGUCAACGAAACUGAGGUCAGUCUACUUGAAUGCAAAGUGUGUUUUGAAAAAUAUAGCCAGAAGAAGAAACACCGGCCAAGGAACUUGCCUUGUGGACAUGUUAUAUGCUUGGAGUGUGUAUUCUCUCUAGCACACCCAAGGAAUUUUAGGUUGGAGUGCCCUUUCUGUCGAAGAGCUUGCAAAUCCUCAGAGACAAGUGACUGCUUACCAUUGCUGCACCUGAUAGAGAUCUUAAGCCGCGCAACUAAUAUUCCUUUAGCUUCAGGAACAACAACUGGGACAGGUGAUGAAGCAGCUGUAUCAGCAUCUCUUGGCUUAACGUUCAACCUUUCUUUCGGAGGCUGGGGGACGCUGAUCAAUCCGACUGGGAUUGCAAUGUGUCGGGGGUCUGACUGUGUAGUAGUGGCACAUGAUGGCAAAAAAAGGAUUAAGCUGUUUGGCUUGAGUGGAAGCUGUAUACAACAGUUUGGGGAAAGAGGAGAUGCAGGCAAUGAUAUUAAAUACCCACUUGACGUGACAGUCACAUUGGAUGGCCACGUGGUUGUCACAGACAGCGGAGAUCGCUCUGUGAAAGUGUUUGAUUUUAACGGAAGAGGCAAGCUAAUUAUCAGGGAAUCCUUUUGUUUGCCAUGGGGUUUGGAUACCACCCCAGAGAAUGAAAUUAUCCUGUCUGAUCCAGAAGCAGGUGCUCUUUCUCGCUUGACAGCCAAUUUUAAAAAAGGAGAACUAAAGAAGGUUCAAAAGAUCCAGUCCAACUUAUGCAACCCAAGAGAGGUGGCAGUUUCUCAGACUUCUGGAAUUAUCACUGUAAUAGAGCACCUGAUAGCUAAGGGACCAAACUACAGCAGCACAAGAGUGAAGAUAUUCAGUGCUGACAUGAAACUCAUUGGCCAGAUGGAUAGCUUUGGUCUAAACCUAGUGUUUCCCUCCAAAAUAUAUGCCACUGAUUUGGCCUUUGACAGAGAGGGACACAUAAUAGUAGUAGAUGCCUAUAACCGAGUUGUAUUGUGCUUAGGAAAACCUGAGGAAUUUCCUGCCUUAAGGCCCAUAAUUACCCAAGGGCUUUCUUAUCCUGUGGCAUUGACUUACACAGCAAACAAUUCUCUGAUUGUCUUAGACAGUGGUGAUCAUUCAAUUAAAGUAUAUACUGCUAGCUGAAUUGUUUUGGAUUCUUACUAAUUUUGUUCCAUUUCAAAUUUUAAAAGAAGUCAUUAUGGUUUUAUCAGAUGCAUGUGUGGGUUUUUUCUGCCAUGAUUUUGUGUGAAAUUUAUCAUUUUUAUGGACAUGGUGUAUGGUCUUUGACAUUUGCUCAUCAAUUCUGACUUCUGAGUAUGUGUGAGAGACAAACCGUGUAUUCUAAAUAGCACCAGACAAAGAGACCUCAACCAGAUGACCUGGCAUUUCUUCUAAACUAUUAUACGACUGUUACUACUCUUUUUGUGUGUGUGCUUAAAAUGAACAAUAGUUUUGUGUUAGAUAAUGGAAUCAAUUAUGAAACAGAGAAUGACUUGAACCUUUUGGUUAUAUUAAUUGAAGUCUCACUUACAAAAUGUUUUUUUUUUUUUUUUUUUAAUAAGGUGAGAGAAUCUCAUGAGAAAGAAGCAGCAAUUUUCAGAAAUUCUAUUAGAAGGGAGACUCUCUAGCUCAGGGGACUGGUAACUGGAAGUAGAACAUUUCACUUCAAGGUUACUUUAAUCCAAUUGAGAUCAGUAGUGACAAAGUAAUUAUCAUUGUUCAAUGGCCAGUUUGAAAUGAGUUGGGUGGUCAAAGUGUAGUUUCUCCGCAUUACAGAAACCACCAUGAAGACUGCUAUUAUGAGAGGCCAGUGACUGAAUGGGCCUAGAGACUGACACACCAUCUCAUUCCUAGAGGUAGGCCCGUUGAAGAGUUAAGACAUGUGAUGGUGCAGUGUUUGGAAACUUGUACUGUCUGGGCCAUACAUUUUCUUAAGAGAAUUAUUUUCUGGUGGUCAGGUUUCCAUCAUGCACUACUUCUUCAUUAACACUAACUUCACUUCUAAAAAUAAAGUUCUAAAAUUUGUAACAAAGACAGUGUCUUAAUGUUUGAUCACAGUUAUGCAUUUUUCUGUGUGCCGUGCUUGUAUGAAUUCUUAUAGGUUCUUACACUAACCUCAUCACUGUAGUUUGAGUGCUUGCAUUUCAGUACCCUAGCUGUGACAUGAUAGUGGAAUAAGACAGCUUCUGCACAUUGAUAUAGACCAGGGGUCGGCAACCUUUCAGAAGUGGUGUGCCGAGUCUUCAUUCAUUCACUCUUAAUUUAAGGUUUUGCGUGCCAGUAAUACAUUUUAACAUUCUUAGAAGGUCUCUUUCUAUAAGUCUAUAAUAUAUAACUAAACUAUUGUUGUAUGUAAAGUAAAUAAGGUUUUUAAAAUGUUUAAGAAGCUUCAUUUAAAAUUAAAUAAAAUGCAGAGCCCUCCGGACCAGUGGCCAGGACCCGGGCAGUGUGAGUGCCACUGAAAAUCAGCCCGCGUGCUGCCUUUGGCACCCAUGCCAUAGGUUGCCUAGCCCUGAUAUAGACAGUGAUGUGGCAGAACUCCAAUGGCUCCAAGGUCUAGGCAGUUAUCUGGUCAAAAACUUAUUUGCAGCUCUGCAAACUGAAUUGGGCAUCUUACAGAAACAGACCUUCAUGAGAUUUCUGAUACUUUGUGAUUCUGGGUGGCCUUUCUAAUGAAAUGUUAGCACUUCUGCUUCCAGACCUAACCAGAACGAAGUGUAGAUGUGGGUGAGAAAGGAUGGAGAAAGUUAACCUCAUUUUCCCUCCCCCCCUCCCCAAGCUUCAAAAAAGAUUUCGGGUCAGUUCUUAUUUUAUCCUAGACAAUCUGGCUGUGUCUUGUCACUGGUUCUGUUGCUUCACUGGAUAGCAAAAAUUGAAGAUAUAUUGGUAUGACUUAAAUAGGGAUUAUAAUAAUACUUUAGUUGGACUCUUCACUGAAUCUUUUUGGCUUUCUCUGCUGCUAAAAAGAGGCUGUUUAAUAGCUUUGAAUUAUUAAGUAGUUUGACAGUGGCGGCAGUUUUGAUAUAAGUAUAAAUACCUCUUUUUUUCCUUUAUUCUUAUUUGGCCUCACAGACUGUGAAUAAGAUGCUGUACUUUCACAUCCUCUGAACCAAAGCCCUUUCGAGUCAGAGGGAGUUUUUCCAUUAAGUUUAGCGGGCUCUUGAUCAGACUUUUAGAGCAUAUAAUUACUAGAUAAUACUGUACCCCUACCCUAACUGACAGAUCCUUAUUUUAAACAGGACCGCGGCACUUUCAGCACCUCAUUUCAAACUGAAUGUAUCUUUGUACCUGUCUUGUAUUAAAAUGUUUGAAAGUGAUAGAAUUCCAUUAAAUAAGCUAUUUUCAAAAAGUUUUACUGAAUAAUGACAUACCAGGAUAUUAAUAAUGGUGGGGUUGGACAGUAUCAGGAAGUUUCUUCACUUAUUUAUUAUGGGUUUCUGUUAUUCUACUUCUGUAUAUUCAUUUUUCUUUGGUAUCACUAGAUCUGUUGUAGAGUAACUUUAUAGUAUAUGAGAGAUUUUAUAGAUCUGGACUGUAGAUCUUUUCCAACCCCACCCGCCACACACUAAGGCAGUGGUUCCCAAACUGUGGGGCGUGCCCCCCUUGGGGGGCACAGAGGAAUGCUUGGUGGGGCAUGUUGGGGGGCUCAGGCCAACCCCCACUGUGGGUGGGGAUGGAGUGUGUCCCAGCCGCAGCUCCACUCCAUCCCCCAGCCCAGCUCUGCCUUCAUUCCUUCUCUGCCCCCCCAGAACAGCUGCACCUUGUGCCCAAGCUCCUCUACUGACCAACAGUGCAGUAAUGGGGGGUGCGGACAGAUUCCGUUACUGGUAAGUGGGGGCGUGACAGAAAAGUUUGGGCACCACUGCAAUAAGGGGUCUGAGGGUGACAAGAUUUGGAUUCUCCAUAAGAAGAAUUCUGCUGGCCACAAUGGGAUUCCUCUGUGGGUCAGGACACUUUGUUACUUCUCUGAGUAGGAAAAAGAACUGUGGUGUCUGUGGAGGAUACCAAUCUGAUUUGAUAGAGGAGAGAGAAGGGCACAGUCUUCCUCUUCCUUCAGGGAAUUGAUGUACUUCUAAAUGCAUGGGAAGGGUACCUUAGACGUAUGUAUAAUAAUGAAGUGUGCUCGACAGUUUGACAAUUUAGGGGGCUAGACACUCAGGCUGUGAUCCAUCAACUGGCUUGUCCUUUCAACCAACAUAACCUCUUCCCACACCCACCUCCGCAAAACCCCAUCCUCUUGUGCUCCAGCACAACAGAGAGUAAGAGUUUGUCCUUACUCUUUAACUCGUGGAUGAGCAAACUUUGGACCACCUAGAGCCACAAUGGUAACUAGCCAGGAGCUGAAAUACUGAACUUAAUUUUUAAAUAAAUUCACACCAUUUUAAAAUUCAAACACAAAAUCCAAGCAUAAAACACAAAUUGUCUUUGUUCCAUCUUUCUCUUUUGAUAGAUAAUAGAAAUAGCUUGAUGAUUGAGUUCACAAACAAACAAACAAACUGCUUUUGUCCCCAACAUGCAGUAAUAGGAAGAUGGCAGCUGGGACAGAAGGAUCUUUUCUAGAAUGCUGCAGGCUACACUGAUUUUGCUUGUGUCAAAUGUGUGUUCUUUAGUUGAAUGAUACAUUAUAUAUUGAGUUUGUUAUGAAUCUCAUUGCUUUGCCUUGUAAAACACAGGGCAGAGAAACUAUUUAAAAUUCUGUCUUCAGUUAUUAAGGUUGGGUGCCUAAAAUAUGGGCACCUAAAUAAAUGUCCUGUCCUAUGAAAGUGCUGACUACGUGCAGCUCCCACUGACUUAUGAAACUGCAUAAAUAUGGAUUUAGGUGACUUGGAACUUUUGGUCUGAGUUAUUGGGUGGCGGUGUAACCAUAUAACUACAAUAUAUUUUUCUCCUCCUGUUUGCUCUUUUAUUCUUUGAAAAUGUGUGCUAAAACUUAAAAUCAAUAAAAUGCUAUUUUUUAGGGGGUGGGUGGGAUCCUCUGUGUUGUUGGAAUUUUUUUCCAUUUGUUAGGAAAAAUGCAGGAAUAGGCAGAAAUCUUUCUGUGAUCAUAAGCAAAUUAUUUUCAGUAACUAAGUAUAUCCUGAGAUUUGGUGUCAGUUGUAUAGAUAAUGAACUGAAAUGCCCUUGAUUUUGUUUUUCAUGUGUUUUCCUUUUUCUUUAUACAUAGAGCAGAAUUGUCACAUGCAUAUUUUAUAUACACCUGUACCUCAAUAGAACGCUGUCCUCAGGAGCCAAAAAAUCUUACUGUGUUAUAUGGAACUUGCUUUGAUCCGGCAGAGUGCGCAGCCCCGCCCGCCCUGGAGCACUGCUUUACCGCGUUAUAUCAGAGUUCAUGUUAUAUCGGGUAGUGCUAUAUCGAGGUAGAGGUGUAUGUCUUCCAUUGAUUUAAAAGAAGAGACCACAACAAUGGUGGUUUUACAAAGGCCUAAUGGUCAAAUACUGGUCCCAUUGAUUGAAGUCAGUUGGAAUUUUAACACAGACUUCAAGAGGAUAAACAUUUGACGCUGUGGGAGAGGAAUGACAAUGGAAAAGAAUUCAAACUCAGAUGUCCAUAUGAACCAAAUACAACUGUAUCAUUGGGUAAACCCUGGUUUCAUCUACUUUAUACAACCUUAGACUUACUGUGUCCCAGCACAUGGAAUGUCUUUCUAAAAGUUGGUUUGUUGGUUAUUUCUCCCAGACUCUUUAAUUUCAAUAACCAUUGCUUGUAUUAAAAAAAAUA